UUCAAUAUACGUUAGGCAAUGCUUAGGCAAGAGAAAUUUGCCUAAGCAAAUUUUAUUUGUAUUCAAUAUUUGUUGCUUAGGCAAAAUUCUAAGCAAGUGCUGAGCAAAAAAUUUAUGAAUUUCUGUAUUCAAUAUGCACAAAUUCCUAAAUUUUUUGCCUAAAGUUAUUCCAGCUCGGAGGUGGAAUAACGACUUGCGUAACUUUAAUUUAGUUCAAAAAAAUAUUUAUUUCUUUAAAAAUGGCCAUUCCAUUAUUUGUCCUGAACAAUGAGCGCAAUCGGGUUUAUAAACAACGUCGACUCCUUGAAAGUCUCUCCGAAUUUGAAAUAAGGAAACAUACUGGUUUGCCUUGGUGGGGAGCUCGAGAGCUUAUUGAGUGGAUUGAACCGGAAGUUGAACCACUGGCACGGAGAAACUACGCGACACCGGCGGAGACGAAAAUUCUUACAACAUUGGGUUUUUUUCGAUCUGGGUCAUUCCAAUGGAUGCUAGGAACUGUUUCCGGAACUUCCCAGCCUUCGUGCAGCCGAAUAAUUGCGGAGGUGUCAUCUACUCUGCAGGGUCAUGCAAAUGAAAUGAUCAGAUUCCCAGCAAGUGUGGAUGAACGAAAUAUCGUGUCAAACGCAUUUUAUCAGGUCGCAGGUCUACCGAACGUGAUUGGCAUUGUUGACGGAAGCCACGUUCUUAUAAAGGCUCCAACUGACCACGGCGGAGUUUACAUUAACAGAAAACAGCGUCAUUCCAUUAACGUACAGAUAAUAUGCAAUCACCAGGAUAAAAUAACUGAUAUCGUAGCGAAAUAUCCUGGUAGCAGCCAUGAUAGCUUCAUUAUGAGGAACAGUGCGAUUUGUCAUCGGUUUCAGCGAGGAGAAUUCGGUAACAACGUUUUGAUAGGCGACAGUGGUUAUUUUCGUGCACCAUACUUGGCCAUUCCGUUUUCGAGGAGAGCGGCAUUAUCAGUCGAGCAGCAAUUAUUUAAUACCGCAUUGACAAAAACUAGAAGCAAAGUUGAACGAUGCAUCGGAUUGUGGAAAUGCAGAUUCAGAUCAAUGCAUAAGUUUAUCGGGAGGCGACUUAUGCUACGAGCCAGCAAAAGUUUGCAAAUUGAUCACUGCCAGCGUCGUUUUGCAUAAUUACUGUGUAAAUUUCGGAAUUCCCUUGUUGGAUGAAGAUGAGCAUCAGUUAGAACUUAUUAUUCACGGUCUGGCUGAAGAUGAGUUGGAUUAGCCUAAUUAGUUUAGUGGUGGUUUUAAGUAAGUUUUAUACUAGUGUACACAUGUGAAAAUUUACGUAUUUGUUAUUCGUGUAUUUAAUCUUGGACCAAAUUUUAAGUACAUACAAAGUAAAACCUGAAAAACAAUUUCUCAUAUUAACGCAAACAAAACUAUUGAUAAGUCUUCUGCAUUUCGAGUUAUUUAUGUGAUGACUCAAAUGAGAAUGUGAGCGGUGGUGGGUUUGAAUUGCAAGUCGGCCAAAUCCCUGAAAUAACGUCGAACAACAACAGGGUCGUCCAAGAGGAAGUAGUUAUCGCCGUGUUGGAUAAGAUUUUACAGAAUAUGUCUCUCGAUAAGUUCAAUUAAUAGUUAAACUAAUUAAAUUAACAGCUCUUUACUAUCCUGA